AUGGAUGCUUCCUCAUUUAAUUGUCCUUAUGCAAAAUCUGUAUGGAUGCUUCCUCCUUCGACAGGUUUGAAUUUAAAUCUUACAUCUGAUAUUCCUUUCCCAGGCUUAUAUAUUAACUGGAUUGCAGGAAACUUUACAAAUAAUGUCAUUGAAGUAGUCACAACCAAAUGUUGGUUGAUAUGGAAGGAAUUAUGUAUGAAUGUGUUUCAAGAUAAAUCUAUUUCUAGUUUUCAGCUUUCUUUGGAUGUUCUUAGACACUUAAAAUUUUGGUAUUCAUCUUCUCUGAAUACUACACCCAGUGAUGCUGGACUUAGUCUUACAAAUAGUCUAGUCACAAGCUAUGUAAAUAACAUUGUUAGGAUCUCAACCAAUAAUAGCACUUGGCUGCCCCCUUCUUUGAAUCAAUUCAAGCUUAAUUUUGAUGCCUCUUGGAUUGAUACAAAUGAAAAUGCUGGAUAUGGUCUAAUUUUUCGUUCUUCAGCAGGAAUAACUAUCCAAGCUGGAUCUGGUACCAUCAAUGCCGCCAUCCCUGAAGAGGCAGAAGCUCUAGCUUUGCUUGAAGCAGCAAAGUGGGAAAUAAUCAUGAACUGCAAAUAUUUUUGGAUAGAGGGAGAUUGCAAAGGAGUAAUAGAUUUUGCUCAAGGUCACAAUAGCACAAUUCACUGGAGAAACAAGGCCAUAGUAAUUGAAGUUCAAAUAAUUAUACAGACUUGUGAGCAAUUUUUGGGUUUUAUUUUCAGUCAUAGGAAUAGCAAUAAUGUAGCAGAUGAUUUGGCAAAGGAGGCAAGGAAGCAGGCCACUACUAACAACAAUGGAGACUAA